CCGACGUUCAUGUUUAAUUUUAGACUACUGGCACUCACUUCCCAUGCGUCAUCCUUCAUCGAAUUAUCAAUCAUGGCAGAUCCAAAAUAUGCAAAUUUACCUGGAAUUGAUUUAAACUCUCCCGAUGUGUUUGAGACCAGCGAUCUUCCCGAGGAUGACCAGGCUUUGAAGUCUGAGCCAGUGGCACAAGAAGAAGUUCCAAAUGAAAAUAUCGACAAGAUCACUUUGGACACUAAAGAUGCUCUAACAAAAUUCAAAGGAAAGGAUCUUCAGGCAAAUUCUGUCGAUUUUUCCGACAAAAUAGGUGGACAUUUCCGCACUGGAUACGAUGCCUCCAAAACUGAGUAUGAAAUGUUGGAGGAGGGGGCAGGAAAAAUUGAGUCACCACAGCAGAAAUUCCAGAGACUACAGCAUGAAAUAAGAGAACUGUCUGAAGAAGUUCGCAGAAUCCAGGAGAAUGUGAAACAAGAGUCGACCACAGAGAAGAUGACUCCAGUCCUCCUGGGUAAACAGUUGGAGUAUUUACAACAUCAGCUCAAUGACCUUAACCUUGAGAAAGUCCUUGGUCCAGAGGCUGGCAUCAACCUUGCUGACCCCCAGGGUGCUUUACAGAAGAGACUGAUUAGUCAACUAGAUUCCUUCCAGGGUGGAGAAGCAGACACCAAAGGGAAGACUCCUACCAAAGGGAAGGCAGCAGGCACGUCUGACUGUGUCACAUACGAGCUGUACUACAGACCAGAACAGGCUCAGUUCAGUAAAAAUGCCAGGCUGGCCAGUCUAGAGGAGAGGCUUGAGAGGUUGGAAGCAGCCAUAGGACAGAAUCAAGACAAGCUGAGCGUACUGACAGCUGAUACUGCUAACAAAAGUCUAGUGGGUGCAGUAGCUGUGGUAAAUUCCAAGCUCUCCUUGCUAGAACAAUCCAAUCUUGAUCAAGUUGAGGCUCGCCUACAAGGGGUGCUGCACAAACUGAAAGAGAUUGCUGAGAAAAAGUCGACUGUGCAGGACGAUCCUGAGAAACUAAACAAAAUUGCCGAGUUGUACGACCUGGUAAAGAAGUGGAACAGUGUAUCAGAAACGUUACCUCAAGUGGUGGACCGUCUGGCUGCUCUCAAGGAAUUACAUGAACAAGCAUUACAAUUCAGUCAGUCAUUGACCUACUUAGACACAGCACAACAGGAAAUUUCUACCAGUCUUAAUACCCAUGGAGAUAUGUUGAAACAGCUUCAAGGUACCUUCAAACAAAAUAUGGAUGUGAUCAAGACUAAUUGUGCAAGUCUAGAUACAAGAAUAAAAAAUCUACAAAAGUGAGGAAGCUGUUUUGGACUAAUGACUAAAUACUGCCAUUUCAAAAUGGGAAAGUUCUUAUCCAAAUACUGCAAUCAUAAGUUGCUAGACUUGUACAGUAACCAAUUACUGAUAUUCUAAUUUGGUCACCUGUCUUAACUAAGUACAGCCAGUUUUUAGUUGUUAAGACAUACAAGCAAUUACUACCAGUUCAAUCGGCAAGCUUUGUAACCAACACUACACUUAAGGAUACACGAGAUGCAGCUGCAUACUUUGAGAACAAACGAUGAGACUUGUGAUUAAGUUCAGCCAGUUGAGAUUGAGAUUCAGAACCAAAUGAGGCCAUAUUGUUAACGUGCUAGAAACAAGUUCCCUCAGAAAUAUUAAAAUCUGUAUCACUUUUGGUAAUGGGAUUAAUUUAAUUGCCUCUGGCACAUAAUAACAAUGGUUUUCCCAUACCUCUCUCCCAGGCAUGUAUUGUGAUACUCUUCAAUUUUAUUUUCGCUCUCAGCUUGUGAUAUUGGAUACAUUGUAUAUCAUUACAAUUGAAGUUUUCAAUAAUGUCAUAAUUAUGUCCUUAAGUAUUUGUUCUGUAAUUCCUAGGUCUAGACUCUUGUUUUGGUAGACUAAACAAGUGUCUUUAAAGCAAGCUUUCCGAGAUUAAAGCUUGUUGAUAUCAAUUUUGUCAGAACAAAUAUUAGGGUUAUAAUCAUGAUGGUUAUAGUCCAACAAUACCUUGCUAUACUGCCAGUGUUUAUGAAACAAUACCUUGCUAUACUGCCAGUGUUUAUGAAACAAGAACUUGCUAUACUGCCAGUGUUUAUGAAACAAGAACUUGCUUUACUGCCAGUGUUUAUGAAACAAGAACUUAUACUGUCAGUGUUUAUGAAACAAGAACUUGUUAUACUGCCAGUGUUUGUGAAACAAGAACUUGCUAUACUGCCAGUGUUUAUCAAACAAGAACUUGCUAUACUGCCAGUGUUUAUCAAACAAGAACUUGCUAUACUGCCAGUGUUUAUGAAACAAGAACUUACUUUACUGCCAGUUUUUCUUAAUGCUAUUUUGAGUUACAUUACACAGGCAAUAUUCCUUCAAGCAAAAUUCACGUGAAAUUCACAUGAUUUUUUCAUGUGAAAUUCAUGUGAAACUCGCAUGAAUUUUUAUGCGAAUUUCACGUGAAAUAUUUCAUGUGAAUUUUUUUUAUAAUUUUUCACAUACAAAAAUAAAUCAAGCAAAAUCUAUUGAACGGCUCCUCAAACAUGACAAACAGCGUUGAAUACAUUACCCAAUGUUGUGAGCAAGCUAACACAAAAUAUUUCAGCUUUUUUCCUAUUUUCAAUGUAGGCCUAUUUAUCCUUUUCAGGUUCACGAGAAAAAUAAAAUAAAAAAUAAAUUGACGUUGUAUUUGUCCUAUACUGUUUGGUAUAUUGAAAGAUACCAAUUAAUAAAAAUGAAUGCAGGUGCUAGAGUAGCAAUUAAUUACAGAGGACAUUAUAAUGAGGUCUUGUUGUCCAUGUUGUGUUAACCAGUGGUGAGUAGUUCAUUUCAGAUCAAAUGUACCCUAAAAAGCCAUUUACCUUCAACUUAUUAUCGGUGCCAGAAAUUUAUUUCACAUCACUGUUACAAUAUGUAAAUUAACACUUGAGGUCUGUGUCCUGAGAUCUGUGUGCGGAGAUAUCUUUAUCAAUUAUAAAUGUUUUCUGUAAUGGUUUUUGUUGAUACAGGUUUCGUUGAGACACCUGAUACAAGUUGUGCUGAAAACAAAAUGACUGUGCUUAUGCUUCCAUUGUAGAUUAUGUAUUUACAUUUCAUGUUAUUUAUUCUAAAGCAGAUCAUGGCAAUAUUUGUUUUGUCGUUUAAUUAAAACACCAUAUGGAGAGAAAAAACCCAAAAAACUGAAGAACUUUUUGAAUGUGUACAAACUCCAUACGUAUAUACCAUGUAUUUCUACUUUAUCCUAGAGUUUCGGGAUAUGGUUAACUCUGUAAAAGGUAGCAUGAUUGUGUAUAUGUGUUGUAUUCAGCCAUCUAGUCGAGACAUUGUAAGCUGAUUUCUCCUGCAGUGAUUGAUUGAUGCUAGCAGAAUCGAGUUUUAGUCCUCCAUUAGUGCUAAAAGUAACAUUAUACCUAGUGUUACGCAGUAUAACAUGUUUAAACUAGCCUUUAAUCUGGACGCUGUCUAUACAGAUUCUAAUACAUGUACACGUAUUUACUAGAGGAAUUUCUUCUCUUCAGUUGUCUGUUCUAGGUCCUGUUUAUUCUGAAAAUCAGUCUUAUUUUAUCAGAUGUACGUGUAGAAGCUUAUGAAGUCUGGUAAUUUCCUGUUUUCCCAUUUGAUUAUCUUGUAAAAGUGCUUUUGAUGUGAUUUGUGUAAAAUUAAAGUAAAAUACUUCUCUUUAUCUUCUUAUCGUUUGCAAUAUUUUAAGCUCAUAAAGUUUAUGUAAAUGAUUUUGUAAAAUGCUUCAAUCCCUAUUAUUACUGUAAAAACUGGAUCUUGUAGAAUCUGACCCAAUAUUAGUAACAGUCAUACAUAAAUAUAUCUGGUUUAGACAGGACACACUUAAUACGUGUAUAAAUAUAUGAUUUCAAUUUGAAUGGUUAUGGAUGCUCAUAUUUGUUGUUGUUUUUUUUUUUUUUUUUUGAAAAAUGUGCAUUUCCCAAAUUGUUUAAACUCUUGAGGUUAACCGAUAUAUUACACACUGCCCUCCCCUUGACACUUUUUAGACAAAAUAAAACUAUUUUCAAACUUCAAUAGCAUAAAUUUCCACAAAUCAUCAAUAGCGUAAAUGUGGAAAUUUACGCAAGGGGGGAAAUUUAUGCUAAUUAUGCAGAGUCCUUUCGAUUGCAAAAAAUUUCAAAUUGCAUAAAGAUUUUUCAGAGUGCAGUGUAUAUUGUAUGCAUACGUACACUGUAUAACCUAUUAAAUCAUUAUCUGGACACGGGGCCUUUGUUAAAUGAUGUGACUGUUCAGUUUUAUUUCUGGACUUAUUCACGGGCCGGAGUAUCCCAAGUUUCAUUUAGAAUAUGCUGUCUAAUCUAGAUCUUUGUUGUCUAUUUAUUGCCAUUAAAUGAAAAUAAAAUUGUAUGGUUCUCUUCAUGCACAACCUAU